UUGUUUCCCGUCUAUCCGAGCGAGCUAAAGUUGAUUUAUUUCGUGAAGAGGAGAUAGGAUGGGAUGCCGACGCCAUUGUCACAUUGUUUCUUUGCUGUGCAUUUCUGUUGUGCGUCGUUGUGGCCACCGCCUAUGACAUGAUCAGAUUGCAUAAAGAACGGAAAAGUAAAGAGAGUGGUAAUGUUACUAUCCAGUUAGAGGGAAGCGAAGCGACUCCAGAAGAAACAAGCGUUUUAAAUGAUGACAGUAAGAUUAAGAAAGAGAAUGGUGAUCAAAAUGAAGUCGCAGUAGUUGAAGAAAGUAAAGAAAAACCAACAGAAGACACGAAAAAGAAAGGUCUAGGCAUUGGAGAUCUUGUGCGUGCAUUUUCACUCGUGGAAAACGUGCCAAAGAUUUUGAACACAGAAGUUCGACCUGGCUCUUUCCCCGCACUUAACGGUAUCCGUGUGCUUAGUAUGUGUUGGAUUAUCUUGGGACAUACUAUUCAAGUUAUGGGUUACAGACUCGAAAGUGUCGGUUACGUAUUGACUACCAUAUUACCGAAGUUCUACUUUAUGACGGUAUGGAACGCCACAUUUGCCGUCGACACGUUCUUUCUUCUCAGUGGUCUUCUAUUAUGCUAUCACACACUGAAAACGUUGAAAAAAUGCGAUGGCAAACUGAACUGGGGUCUGUUUUAUUUCCAUCGUUGGUGGCGUAUUACUCCCGUGUACAUUAUGGCUUUGGCCAUUUGGUCGUCCUUAUUAAUCCAUUUGGCAAGUGGACCAUAUGCGAACGCAACGUUCAACUAUGCUAGACAACUAUGUAGGGACAACUGGUGGACGAAUCUGCUGUAUAUUAACAAUCUGUACCCUUUUUCUGGAAAUGGAGCUAAUAUGUGCAUGGGAUGGUCUUGGUAUCUUGCAGCUGAUAUGCAGUUCUUCAUCAUCACUCCACCCCUUCUGGUUCUCUUGUUCAAACGACCCAGAUUAGGCCUCACAGCGGUUGCGGUUGUAUGCGGUGUCUCGUUUAUAAUUACUGCGUCGCUAACGGGCUAUUGGGGACUUAAGGCUGGCUUGAAUUAUGGGUUUUACAAUAACCGAAGCGUAGAGGAAACAGACGCUAAUAGGAUCUCUUACAAACCCUACACCCGUAUGUCAACUUUCCUCGUCGGUAUUUUAACAGGAUAUGUCAUGUUUGCAUACGAAAGCCGUAGGCCGAAAAUUCCAAAGUGGGGAUUAGCUGUGGGAUGGAGUGUUUCCAUCAUCCUGGCAAUGGUAGUUAUAUUUAGUGUCUGGAAAACAGAUAGUGGAAAGGAGCUAAGGCAGGGUGCGGCCAUCAUGUACUACACGUUCAGCAGAUUCUCGUUUGCUCUGGCCGUAGCUUGGGUGAUACUUGUUUGCGUUUUUGAUUACGGAGGGCCUGUCAACAUGUUCUUGUCCUGGGGUAUAUGGGCGCCGCUUGCUCGACUUACAUUCUGUGCCUACCUGUUACACCCAAUGUUGUUAUUUCUGUGCGUUUUACCAAGAAAAUUCCUCUUUGACUAUUGGGGUUUCCAAACGUUUUGUAUUUUCAUCGCAACAAUAGUGCUGUCGUAUGCCGCUGCAUUUGUGUUAUCAGUACUUGUAGAAGUACCAACAAUGGGCCUGGAGAAAAUGUUUUUUCGCAAGAAAAAGUAGUUGACAUGUGUAUUUUGAACCUUACAUUAUUAGGAUAGCUUUAUGGUUUAGUAGGAUGAGGUUAGAUGUGUUAAUUAUAUCACUAUAUAGGCUACACAUUAGGCUUUGAUGAAUUUGUUUUAUUGAAAUUUAGGGUUGAAUGUAGGGCCAGUUGAGCCCCAUUGAUAUUUUGUAUAGGCCUACUGUAGUCGACAUAGCUGUUAUUAAAUGUUUAUUCAUUAUUUUCUCACUAAGAGACCAGAAUGUAGUUUUAAUUUAGAACAAAUUAUACGUUCGUUACUUAGAUAUUUGGAGUAUGCACAUCCAUAGUUUCAAAAUAAUUGAUGACAUUAUUAUCUAGAGUCACUAUGAGACAAGACCUGCGUUCUAAUUGCGAUCCUAACAAUGGCUUUUUUUCCCUUUUCUCUUAUAACAACUGUUUUCAUGUCAUUGUUGUAUAAACCUAUUAUUGAUUGAUUAUUGAUAAACCUAUUAUUGAUUGAUUAUUAAUUAACUGAACUGUGAUUGGUAUAUAACAUUGUUUUUAUUAACAGCCAUGAUGCAGUUCCGAUAUAUAAACGUCAAUUCAUGGGUGGUUUUCCUCACAAACGAACUAGUCUGAAUGAAAAACAAUGUUUUGUAGUUUACGCACCAGUAAUUAUUUUAAAAACGUUUUUAUAGGAAUAUGUUAUACUGUAGUGGAAAAUAUAAGCAUAUGUCGGUAAUUUUAUUAAAUCAUGUUAGUGAUAGAAAACGAUUAUGUUUUAAGUGUUGUG